UUGACAACCACGGACACAAAGCUGACCAAGGUGGACUUUGACGCUGGCCCGAGCCAACGGCUUCUGAGAGUACACCACACGACCAAAGCAGCUGAGGAUGAAUACGAAGACCGCAUCCUAGAAAUCGGUGAGCUCAAGAGCCUAAAGGCGCGCAAGGCGUCCCUUGAAGGCUACGCUAAGCAACUGGGCAUUGAGAAGGAGCUGAAGAUCUUCAAAACGCACGUGUUCUACAACGACCUUUCUCAUGUCGAUUUCGCGCAGACAGCGGCAUUCAAGAAGUAUCAAGCGUACCAGGACUUUUUGCGCGAUCUU